AGGCACUCAUUCAAGAAUUUAUGACCCAUUUUUCUUUUUGAUUGAUUGAUUUUGGUACUACCAACCCGACUUACCAUCUCGAGGUUUUUCUCAAUCGGGAAAAUGACAAAUUACCUCCUUUUUCGCUACUCUGCCUUUCGAAAGAAAAGGCGCAAGAAAGUAAUGUCGCUUCUUUUAUUCUUUUCUUUCCCCUCGUUUACGUUUUCCAUUUACAUUUUCUCAACGUAUUGUACUACACGACCUGUUGAAGCGGUUGUGUUCGGGCCAAGGCAAUUAGACCGCGAGCAGAAUUAUAACCUAAAUCUUGAUCGUGAUCUUGAUGGUGAAACCAGCACCACCAGCGGGAAGGAUGUGCUGGAUGAAGCCACGACUUAUGAGGUCACGGCAGACGAGCACCACGACCCGCAGAGGACUUCUACUUUCCCAGAACAUGAUGCGGCCAUAGUAGAACAGAAUGUUGAUCUACUCCAGGACGGACAAAGUGUUGUCGUCGCACCGGAGAAGUUAUCUGGUGGAAGCAUUGAGGAUGAGGAAGAUGAUGUUCUUGAGAAAACCUCUGAACAACGACCAAGUCGAAGAAGUAUUUCUACGCCCUCCUCCGCAUGGUCCGAGGUGGUCGCGGCCACGUCUACAACUUCGGAGCAAUCCGCAGCCAAAAGAACAAAAAAGUUCUUGCAGAAAAAGCGACAGGUUAUCGCGAAACUGGAGCGGCAGGAAAUUUUUCUCUUUCAACUGACCCCCGCGCUGGGAGGUGGAGAGGAACUGCGCGCACAUGACAGCAGCAGGAAGAGCGACGGUGGAGUUGCAUCAACAAGAAUCAUAUCACGGUUUGACUACGAGAUUGCGAUGGCUGGGUUGCGGGGGAACGGGCUUACCUUGUCGGAUCUUACCUAUUCCUUCGUCAUGAAUGACCUGCCGGUGCAGGAAGUGCAAAAGGACGUGGAGUUGGACCUGCCGCAAGACCGCCGCGCGGUGUUUUCGGAGGCGGAGUGGUAUGAAAUGCAAAAAUGUCUGGGUCUGGAAGGUUGCAACUUGUGAUGCUGUCUUUGGAAGGUAAAAAAGAUCUGUAUUGCAUGACCAGCACGAGGAGUUCAGUUUGUGCUACGUGGAGUGGGCGUUUCUCAUGCGGAAAACGCAUCAGAAGGCCCUUUAAAAAUCUCUGAUGCCAGGUCAUGCAUUACAGGCGUCGUGGGUUAUGCAAAAUAUGCAUGACAGUGACAAACCUGGCAAUCUUCCAGACGCAGACAUUUUUGCACUUGAUAAGUGGCUGGAGCUCGCGAAAACCGCUUGCGCCGAGAACGGGUUGGCGCUCCAGUACGUGUUCCCGUUGCACUAUGGAAGCGUCAGGAUGGAAAUCAUCAAAGUAUGAAAAAAUUUGUCAUGCAUAAAAAUGGAUGCCAGUUAGAGGCCCAAUUUCCAAGCGGCGCAUGACAAAUUCUCCGACCGCCGGAAUCUAAUUUGUCAUGCUAUUUGGGCAAAAGAGACUUCCUUUGUCGUGCUUUGUUUGGCAGCUCAGUAUCCAACGACCCCAAACAGGCUAACAAUCGGCCUCACUUGCCUUGUCUGCAACACACGUAUUUCGCGUCAUGGAUUUUAUGCAUGACAAAUCAUUUGUUCAACUUUGUCGAUUUCGAUCCUGACACACCCAUAUGCACCUGCGGUCGAACCGCGACCUGGUGAGGAACUACUGCUUGCAACAGAACGGGCGCGCCCUGAAAUACGCGUCGGCGGAGCUGCGGUCGGAUCGGGAGAUUGUGCAGUACGCGGUCCAACGGGCCGGCACGGCGCUCGCGUUUGCUUCCUGGCACCUGCGACGGGACUUCGACACUGUGCUGCGUGCGGUGAUCCAGGACGAGCGGGCGGCUUACGCCAUCGCGUUGGAGGAGAUUGGAAACGAGUGGUCGACCUUCCUCUACCAAACCGAAUUCUGGUAUGGAGGCGUCAGAAUCGAAAUCGACAAAGUUGAACUGAUUUGUCAUGCAUCAAACCGAUACCAUUUGGGAGCUCUAUUUCCCAGCGGCGCAUGACAAAUUUUCCGAGAAUCGGAAUCCAAUUUGUCAUGCUGUUUGAGCAUAGAGAAGUGCCUUUGUCAUGCUACUUCAGCAGCCCUAUGAUCGCUAUCCCCAAACAGGCUCAGAAUCGGCCUCGCUUGCUAUCCCUGCAAGACCACGACAGGUAUCACAAAUUAUUUCAACCUUUUCGAUUUCAGACCUGGCACUCUCAUAUCUGGUACAGCGACGAAGAAGACGAAGCGCACCGGUUCGGGAUGGCGCAGCUCCAAGACUCCUAUCCCAGAAAAAAAGUGUUACUUUUACACAUUUGUUGGAAUUUCAGAUUCAGCAUCACAAAUUUGCUCUGCUUGGCGAAGAAAACUUGUGAUGCGCAGACUAUAAGGGAAAACACGAAUAGAAUGAGGCUGGCAAGCGUUUCCUGCAUGACAGAGUUUGUCUCUCUUGCUUGUCUUGCAUGAGGGUGUGUAACUGUAACAUUUUUUUCUCACGAUAACUACGACCCCUUCCCCAUUAACGAGGCACGGCAGGAGAAGGGCGCGCAGUUAUCUUCAUUAAAAACGUAGUACCCACAUCAGAGUCAAGAUGGGAAAUCUGCUAGACAAAUCACACGGCUUUGGGUGUUUGGCAUGACAAGUUUGGCCUCGUAGUGUAGUCCUGUUUCGCUAGCUCAGAAGCAUCGCAGAUCUAGCACAUCAUGCGGAUUCUAGCAUCACAAAUCCCAAGACACGAAUAGAAAAUGCUUCUCAUAGGGCUCCGCAUGAGAAACUUUUUUGGCAUGCAGAAUUGCAUGACAGCUCUGGGGUGGGGACGUUUUUACUCAGAAUAGCAGUUCUUGCGCAUUCUGCUGCAGUUUCUGCGGGAGAAAACGUUGCAGGGACUUUGGCAACUCGAGAACCUCGGAUUUCUAUCGACUUUGCCACGAGGCUUACCGGAAGAUGAUGAAGAUCCUGACUCUACUUCAGAUAGAGAACCACUACCUGACAGCAAGACUACAGAAGACCACACCAACAAGAAGAAGAUGAACACAGCAGGAGGUCCUGCUGCACCAGGAGUCGUAACAACAACAGCGACGCAAACGACUACUCACUGGAACAAACGAUUUCGGAGCACGCAGUCUCUGAAGGAACAACUCGACUGGCUGAUAGAGCGGUGGAGCGUUUCCCGGGAGGACUUCUAUUCUCCCAUCACGGCUCAGGAAGACGAAGCCGAGGAUGCUGAACGAGAUGGACCACAGCCGGCCCCUGCUGGGCCAGGAAGUUCCACUUCUAAUCCAGAGAAAAUGAAAUUGAAAGAGGUGGAUGUCUCAGGAGAAAGUAGUAGUACGGUCUUAAUACCGAGGAUGAAUGGCACGACUACUAGUGCAGCAGAGCAAGUGGACAAUUUAUCUACUACUCUCAGAAGACCACGAAGGGAAAAAAUCGUAGGGAGAACAAAUUCGAAUGUGUCUAACCGAAACCACAAGUACCCACUGUAUGACCACGAGUACUGGCGAAUGGCUGUACGAUCAGCACGAGACGACAGAAAAGAUGAAAACAGCAGCCACCUACUCCUCCCUGGGCAACUCCACCCAGUAGUAGACACGCACCCCUUUCGGGAAUACCCUAUCAGUGUGAUCACGAAAGAAGAACUGCUUCUGUUGAAGAUUGCCUUCGAGCGGCACGGCUGGAAUCGGUACUUCGGGGACGUGGAGAUGUCGCGCGGCUUCGGGCAGAAAUCCACACAGGCGCCGGCAGUUAUGGGACAUCAACUACUCAUCUCGAAUGCUACAUUGAUUUAACAUCCUUUGUCAUGCAAAGUUAAGUAGCAUCAGUUCAGCGGCUUCGUCGUCCACAAGAUCAAAGACAAGUUCUCGACGCGCGUAAUAGCAUGGAAUAAAUCCGUAUCCGUUCCAAAUUUGUAAAUGCGAGACGCGCGCCAGAUGACACUUUCGCUUUCCCCUUUCACUACUUUUGCGAGUGGUCUUGCAUCAACACAAAAUAAAAUUCUUGUAUACGGCACUGUCAAUGUAGUGAUAUCAGUUUGAUGAGAACCACUCCAUAUCAGUGACGAACCUUCGCAACGGGAUGACGCAGUUGCACGACUUUUUGCAACAAGACAACUACGGGAAGCUGAGAACAAGUUCUACCCCACCCCGGGGAGAUGAAAGUGAUGCCGUCAGGACCAGAAGUACAACCACUGCAGGGAGGACAAAAAAUUAUCCUCUCCUCCAGCUUCCGGACCCCCGCGCGCACCCGGACACGGGGUUCUUUCACCCCGGGGGCGAGUUCACCGCGCUGGAUCACUCUGGGAGCAUCGGGAAGGCAGUAAGCAUGACGGCCACGUUUCGCUGGAAUCUGGCGUUUUUGCUGAAAUUGAAGAAAUACUAAGUGCAAAAAUGUCUGGGUCUGGAAGAACGCAACUUGUGAUGCUGCAUCUGGAUUCCAAAAAAAUCUGUAUUGCAUAGGUACCAAAGGGAAUGUAAUUUUUGCUACGCGGAGAGGGCAUUUGUCAUGCGGAAUAGGCGUCAAGAAGCUGAAGCUCUCAAAAAAUCUGUGACGCUAGGGCAUGCAUCGCAGACAUCAGGGCUCAUGCAAAACGUGCAUGACAAGUGUCAGAAUCUUCCAGACCACAUUUUUACAGUUGAUAAGAAAAGAAAAAGCACCACGAUAGGUAGUAGCGCAACUACUUCAACAUCUAGCACAAGAUUUGCUCCUUCUUUAACCACCUCCUCAGCGCCUACGUCCUCCGCGGAAGCUCGAACAACUACCGCACAGACAACAUCAGUCUCUGCGACGCAGCCCUUCCUUUGCGGGGAGUUUGUGUAUACCCCAACCUACGAGGCCUUGCCCUCCGUGGUGGAUAUCCCACAGAAAAAAGCCGGCAGGUUUGUAAUACAAAAAUAAAUACACAAAAAAACCUGUCUUGCAUAUGCUGAAUAGCAUGCUAGGGGGCCGCCCAUGACAGAUUUUCCUGUGUAUUUAUUUUUGCAUUACAGAUGUGACCUGCCUGCUUUUUUCUCUGGGAUAGUGGAACCCUUCUACACGAAAAAGCUGGACCCGAUCUUUGAGUUUCUGCAGUGGGAAAAGUUGUACGGUGAGAGCAGUACUACUAUAUCUGGUGGUCUACUUUCGAACAGUACUAGUUCAACAUCUGUGUUCCCCGUGGCCCGCACCAACCCGGCGGAUUUUGAACAUGUUGCUGCUUUCUUUCAAGCUGGCCCUCUAUCCCACGAAAAAACUGUUUCACUGUGAUGAUUUUGCAAGAUCUGCGUCACAAGUUUGUAACACAUGACACACAAAAUUUGCCAUGCGCGCUCUCAAAGGGAAAACACGCUUGAAAAUCCAAUGUCUUGCAGGUGUAGCAAGACAAAUGGUUCUGUGCUCCAUUCUAUGCAUCACAAGUUCACAGCGAAACAGUUUUUUCUUGCGAUACCCUCAUGGUGUGAUUUAUUGUCCGGGAGAGGUUGUGCCGGGUGGAGCUGAAGCUACUUCUAGUACCCCUGCUGCUGCUGCUGAGGAGGCCUUCUACACGCCACCUGCAGAAGGUCUUCUCCGUGAAAAGAGCGACACAACGACGUCAAGCCUGCUUCAAGAAGAGGCCCUGUCCACCCGCCCGGAAGGCGGCGGGUUUAAAAAUUCCUCGGAUCAACAUCUUUUGGAAGAUGAAACAUUACAACAUGUUGACCCAGCAGCAGCGCCAGGUGUGGGGCUCGAGCAGGAACGAGAGGACGGUAGCUUUUCGUCACCAGAACAGGAUGUUCACGCGGAUCAUCAUGAUCCCUUCAACCUGGAACUUUAUCCCUACCUGUUCGCGACGGGGCCGCGCGGGCUGGAGCUGUUUUUCCUGCACAGCAUCGCACUUCCCUCCCGGCCCACGGUUCGCAACCUGCCGCGCAUGGUAAAACAGUUCACGCUCAGCCAGGCGAUGAAAGGGAAGUAUUCCCGCGCCGAGUUGCGCGCCUCGGAUGUGGAGCUAAAUCAGCGGGAAGACGCGGCGAGCGGGGAUCCGCACUUCGGGCAGUUUAUGAUCAGACGUGGUGAACAAGGCGAAGGGAUGUCGCCUCCGACUGCGGCCACAUCGUAUCUUCAAAACCGCCACCGCAGGGAACUGCUCCUGGUGCAGAAGUCACUGCUGCGGCAGUGGUCGCGGUCGUCGGCCUACUACCUGCAGGUAUCAAAUGCAAAAAUGUCUGGGUCUGGAAGAAUGCAACUUGUAAAGCGUAUUUCAGAACACGGAAACGUCUCUCAUGCAUACGUAGCAAAAGCUCCCACUUUUUGUCAGCAAAAUAGGGGACUUGUCAUGCGGAUUCGGCAUUGCGGAAGGUUCUCGAAACCUGUAAUGCUAGAGCUUCCAUGCUAGACCUUCUGUGUCAUGCAAAAACAGCAUGACUCUUCCAGACCCAGACAUUUUUACAGUUGAUAGCAGGCGCUGCUUGACCAGUCCAAGGUGGAUGCGAUGCAGGAUAAAAUUGUGGACCAGUAUGCCGCCUAUCCUUUUUACCGAUCGUGCCGGCCGCAGCAUGGGUAUGAGAGUGCACAACUCCCCCUCCCCCUCACUUGUAUGGCAUGAACAGCAAUUCAAACACCAGCACACGUGGAGGCUAUGCAUGACAAACUUAUGCACAUGCGCCUGAUGUAGUACUGUUUGGGCUUUCGGAAUUUGUCAUGCAAACAGUGCCACAGGGCAGCGAAUGGAUUGGGGGUUUUGCAUGACAAAUGAGGGGGAGGGGGAGUUGUGUACUCUCAUAAUGGACGGCCACAGCUCGGCGGCGGAGGUGGAGGCCCGCCUGUAACCGAGCUCCUCCUCUGGCUGGAUCCGGGCGAAGCUGGGUUAGCCCUGGGUGGCGACUACUCUUUCCACCGUGGCUAUGGAACUGUCAGGAUCGAAAUCGACAAAGUUGAAAGGAUUUGCCAUGCAUAAAAUUGAUAUCAGUUGGAGCCUCAGUUUGCAAGCGGCGCCGACAAAUUUCGGGAGCACCCAAAUCCAGUCUGUCAGGCUGUUUGGGCAAAGAAGACUGCUCCUGUCGUGCUACUCUGGCAGCAGCACAUUGCACACCCCUAAACAGGCUUGCCAUCGGUCUCAUUUGCCUGCUCCCCAACACAGGCCACACGGGCCCUACAUUUUAUGCAUUACAAAUUAUUUCAACUUUGACGAUUUCGCGCCUGACGCUUCCAUAGUGGCCAGAUGGAGAAAAGGUACCGGGAACGCGUAGGCUUAGUAUCCCAUGAAAAAACUGUUUCACUGUGAUGAUCUUUCAAGAUCUGCAUCACAAGUUUGUUACACAUGACACAGAAAAUUUGCCAUGCGCGCUUCCCAAGGGAAAAGACGCUGAAAAAUCCAAUGUCUUGCAAGUGUAGCAAGACAAAUUGUUCUGUGCUCUAUUCUCUGCAUCACAAGUUCACAGUGAAACAGUUUUUUCUUGCGAUACUUAGGGUCAGAAGACCAUUGGAUCAAUCAGCCCAUCUCUGCUCCUAUCAAAUGUAAAAAUGUCUGGGUUUGGAAGAGUCACGCUGUUUUUGCAUGACACAGAAGGUCUGGCGUGGAAGCUCUAGCAUCACAGGUUUCGAGAAGCUUCCGCAAUGCCGAAUCCGCAUGACAAAUCCCCCAUUUUGGUGACAAAAAGUGAGCGCCUUUUGCUACCAAUGCAUGAGAGAUUUUUCUGUUUUCUGAAAUGCGCAUCACAAGUUUGGACUCUUCCAGACCCAGACAUAUUUGCAUUCCAUAGCCCCCGCAAAUAAAGACGCGCCAGGGCCAGCGUGGAUUACGGAUCAUGAAGCCACAAUAAAUAAGCCCGACCACGACCCGGCGACGCGAGAAGAGGUUGGAGAUCAAAGCCCCAUGAUGUCGUGGUAUGGGGCCCCCAUACCACACUGGGCCAGCGAGGCGCUAGACAAGGUGCAGGAAACGCACGAGCUCUUCGUUUUGAUGCUACAGGGGAUUUAUCAAAUGUAAAAAUGUCUGGGUCUGGAAGAAUGCCAGGUUUGUCAUGCACAUUUUGCAUGACUCCUGAUGUCUGUGAUGCAUGCCCUAGCAUCACAGAUUUUGUGAGGGCUUCCUGAUGCCUGUACCGCAUGACAAAUGCUCUUUCCGUGUAGCAAGACCUGGACUCUCUUUGCUGCUCAUGCAAUACAGAUUUUUGUAGAAUAGAAAAUCAGCAUGACAAGUUGGAUUCUUCCAGACAUCCAGGGAUUUUUACAGUUGAUAGGAUUUAUCAGACCCAGUUCGGUUCCACGUUAGUAUUAUAUUACAAUGAAAAAUGCCCCCACCCCCGAACUUGAAAGCAUUUGUAUUGCAAACCUUUCCAAAUGAAACAUUCGCCCUCUUGCAUGUAUCAGCAUCACAGAUUUCCGAUCGUGAAUAACAAAAAUUUCUAUUGCAAAAGAUCCCAGCAAGAGCGGUGCUUGUCAUGUAAGCGAUGCGAAACACGACUAGAAUCUGCAUCAGAAAGAUUCAUACUCCUUUCAUGCAUGACAAAAAGUUUUCAUUUGGAAACUUCGCAUCACAAAUUUUUGCAACUUUGGGGUGGGGGGCACUUUUCACUGUAAUAUAUUAACGACAGAUCAACUUGAACAUAUUAAACAAGCCACUGUACGACUACAGCUAGAAGCUCCACCUGGAGCAGUAGGGGGUGAAGAAGGCACUACUACUUCCAAUGCGGGUCGUCAACCGCUGCUGCUCGACGGGACGAUGACAACUGCUAUGAGUGGUUUUGCUGCGCCGCCGCCGCGCAACUCCACAACAACAACCGGCGUGAUGUCCAGUACCGACACUUUCAAUAACCCGGCGCCAGGUCUUCUGCAACCAGAAGGCCUGCUAGAAGUUGAAGACGACGUCGCAGCUGCCGUGGGGCGGUUGUUAGUGCAGGACGUGUUGCGGGCGGGCAUGUGGAGGAGAAAGUUCGCAGACGCGCUGCUGCUGUCGCACCCAAGGCUGUUGAUGCAGCUUGACAACAACUUGAUUCAGGCAGAGAAAAAUAAAAUGAUCGGGAUCAAGAACCCAGCGGCCCACGCGAGUGAAGGUUGGGACGAGAUGACCCGUCGCAACCGCCGCCAUGAUGUGCAUAACCCCUUUCUGCAGCAUAUCCUGAGUAAAAACGUACCCACACCAGAGUCAGGAUGAGGAUUUUGCAACACAAACCUACGAGUUUUGUGAGUCACGCAUCACAAGUUGCACCAUGCAGUGUAGUGCAGGUUAGCAAGUGCAGCCGCAUCACAGAUUCAUCUGCUCAUCCUGUUCACAGCAUCACAAAUUCCAAAACACGGCUGGAAAUGGCUCUCAUGGGGAUGCGCAUUACAAGUCUUCCUGUCUUUGCAAAUCUGCAUUACAACUCUGGUGUGGGUACGUUUUUACUCAGGAUACAGCACGGCAUGAGCGUGGGGGGAAAAUUCCUGCUGGAAAGCAAAGAGCAAACCGCGGACACGAGUAUUUCGGGCCCGCAUAAUGCCAUGGGCCCGGAUGGGGAAAGAGCAACAGAGAUUUCUCUAGAGAUGUUGCAUGCCCAUGCUGGAAAAGAGCAAGAGCUUAUCACGAGAAAAAAAGCAUUGUAGGUGUAACUUUUUUGGAGGAACAGCAUUACAAAUUUGUCUGGCAUGACAGCAAAAACCUGUCAUGCGCAGACAGUACGUGAAAACGCCCUUUAAUGGACCCUACGAUGCAUGCCAAGCAUGACAGACGCAAUCAUCUUGCAUGUUGCGCAUCACAAAUUUACACUAGCCGCGUUUUUUUCUUGGAUAGAGCUGAAAAGCGUGAAACGGAAACGGCUCUGGAGAAGCUGGGUGCUCCGCUUGCUGUAUGAGAGUGCACAACUACUCCCCUAGUACCCCUCAUUUGUAUUGCAUGGACAGCAACAGCACACGUCCUGGAAUCAACGCAGCUUUUGCAUCAUGACAAAUUCGCGAGGACCGAUUCUAGUGCUGUUUCUGCUUCCGAAAUUUGUCAUGCAAGCAGUGCCAAAUGGCAAAGGAUGGAUUUGCUGUUUUGCAUGACAAAUGAGGGGGACGAGGGGGAGUUGUGCAUUGUCAUACUUUGCAAAGACAAGGGUCUUAUGAACUGCAAAAGCAUCGCACUCGUAUAAAUGCAUUACAAAUCUCCUCAGCAUGAAAAAUAAAAUUUGUAAUGCUGAUUUGCCUUCAGAAAAAAAUUGCAAGACUUGCAUUUAUACGACUACGAUAAUUUUGCACAGGAUAGGUCUAUCCUCCGCCCGGUCAAAGGCGGCGAGCCGGCCUUCUUCCUGUGGCGGAAGGCGUAUCAAAGUGAAAAAAACCCCCUCUUCAUUCUGAAACGGGAAUUUCUGUUGCUGGAUUUGUGUACACAAAUCAGCGCUGUAUUGCAGCAAGCGCUUGCAGGCAUUUCGUAUAAGUAGCGUGAUUAGGUAUGCAAGAGGCUAGCACUCAGGCAUGACAGACAGCCUUGCAGUAGGCAAAAGCGCACGACAGCUUGGCUUUGAAGGCGCCACACGGGUCGCAUUUGCCUCACAUGCAAGACAAAGCUCACAAAUCAGCAUCACAAAUUUAUUCCAUUGUGGAGGGGGGAUUUUUCCCCACGAUAAGGCGGAGGCGUUGUUUCUGCCCCCGAUUGGGAACCGGUUUCACAACUACCCAGAGAAGGGGGCCUUUAUUGCCGCAGAAGAUGCUGAAAAUGUUGUUGUUGUUGAAACCAAGAAGCAUCCUCGUCCACUGUAUGGGCCAGUAAAUUCCCUGCCACGAGGACCUGCAGGACCACCUCUACUACCUCCAUCUUCGUCGUUCUUGGGCGGGGGCAACAUUCAGCAGGCGGACGACGCUCCCGAUGUCGUGCUAGAGGUGACCACGCCAAGUAGAUUUCUGCAACUGCCACCUCCACCGCCUGAAGUAGCAGAAGAUUUUGGCUUGCUGCCUAGAAAUGGGGGUCAAGCAGGGGCGACUGCGUCUUUCCUCACUGUAGCGGUUGGUACAACAAAAGCCACACCUUCGAGCGGUGCGGCAGCAGGAGCAGCAGCAUCGGCCCGCCCAGACGAGGACACUACUACAGCGAGAGUCAGAGACCGAGCCUGGCUGCAAAAGCAAAACAGCAGAGCCGCAGAAGGGGAAAGGAAAGAAACUUCUACUUCUGUUGCAGAUGAAGUCUUCAGCAUGGUGCCAGAGGAGGACAAAAAAGCUGCUGCUGCAGUAACACAAGCACCAGCCGCGAGAGAAGGUGCAGAAGAGGGUGCUGAGCAGCCGGAAAAUGUUGACAUAGGGGAAGAGGGAGGAGGACAGACAAAGAACUACUUCGGGAACGACGAAGAAGACGAGGAAGAAUCUGGGCGCCCUCUUUCGCGGCGGCACAACAGCUGGUUGGGAGGGGGGAACAUUAACUCGAUGGGCGGCUUCCCCGUGGUCGGCCGCGACGCCCGGUUCCGGUCGGAACUCCCACUACAAAUCGCGGUGCGGUCCAGUGGGGCAAGCGUGGGAAGUAUCCUGUGAGAAAACGUUCCCACAGCAUAGUCAAGUUGGUAAAUUUGCAACACAAAUCUCCAACUUUUGGACACAUAGUAUAUGCAUGACAACAUUGGACUCGUAGUGUAAUCCUGUUUCGGUAGUGCAGCAGUAUCACAGAUCUAGCGCAUCAUGCUGCUUGGAGCAUGACAAAUUCCCAAAGCCGACUAGAAGAAAAUGCCUCUCAUGGGGCCGCUCCGCAUGAGAAAUAUUUUCAGCAUGCAGAUUCGCAUGGCAACUCUGGAGUGGGGACGUUUUUACAAAUGAUAGGGAGUGCCGCUUUUUUACUCCCGGUCGAGCGAGACCGGGAGCUCGAGGACGAGGCGGAUGAGCAAAACAGCAGGCCUAUCAAAAUGAAAAAAGCCCCCGCCCCAUAUCAAAGGGGAAAUCUGUGACGCAGGAUUUGUGUACACAAAUGCGCGCUGUCUUGCAGUACGGCAUCGCAGCCAGAUCCGCAGCCUAGGGAGGGAAAUUGGGUCUAGGUGCUUAGCAUUACAAACGGCUGUCCUUUAGGCCCCACAGCUAGUAUGCCAAAUCGCUUCCAUAUUGGCGCGGAAGCCUCUGCAUUUGUCUUCUUGCAGGACAGACGUGAUUUGUGGUCUCAAAUCAGCAAGACAAAUUUUCGCAAGCAUGCCUUUUCGAUAUGGGGAGGGGGGAUUUUUCUUCUCAAUAAGGCCCGCCAGGCCCAGGGACCUCGGGGUGCGGUAUCCGGAUAUGCUCGCGAAAGAAGAAGAGCAGUUACGAGAACUCGAGCUCUUCUACCACGCCCGGUACGAGAUAAUCCACGGCGAACAGCACGCCGUCUCGCUGAAAUCCGAUUACGAGACAGCCAUUGUAUCCUGAGUAAAAAUGAUGUCCCCACACGACCAGAGUUGUCAUGCAAAUCUGCAUGCCAAAGAAGUUUCUCAUGCGGAGCCCCAUGGGAACCAUUUUCUAUACCUGUUUUGGAAUUUGUAAUACUAGAAUCAGCAUGAUAGGCUAGGUCUGUGAUGCUUCGGAACUAGCUAAGUAAACAGGAUUACACUACGAGGAUAAACUUGUCAUGCGAAACAACCAGGGGUGGCUGAUUUGUCUAGCGGAUUCUUUCCCAUCUUGACUCUGGGGUGGGGCCGUUUUUGCUCAGGAGACAUUGCCGCUCUUCGCCAGGAUUGCACGGCUUAUCGCUACCUCUCGGUCCCUAUCAAAUGUAAAAAUGUCUGGGUCUGGAAGAAUGCAACUUGUGAUGCUAUUUUUGGAAUCCAAAAAAGUCUGUAUUGCAUGAGCAACAAGAGGCGUCCAGUUUUUACUCCGCGGAGAGGGGAUUUCUCAUGCGGGAUAGGCAUCAAGAUGCCCGCAAAAAAUUUGUGAUGCUGGUGCAUACAUCACAGACAUCACGGGUCAUGCAAAAUGUGCAUGACAAACCUGGGAAUCUUCCAGACCCAGACAUUUUUACAUUUCAUAAUCCCGCUGAUGGCCCGACAGGAUUUGAUCCUGUUGGCGGCACGCCAGGGCUGCGACGAUAUUCCGCACUACCUGCCGCUCCAGCAACAGCUCAAUAUGCUGUGCAAAAGUAUCGUACUCGUAUAAAUGCAGGUCUUGCAUUACAAAUUUCUUUGUCAAGGCAAAUCAGCAUUGCAAAUUUCAUUUCUCAUGCUGAGAAAAUUUGUAAUGCAUUUAUACGAGUACGAUGCUUCUGCAUUCCAUACUCAAUUUCACGAUGCAAUUUACGAACACGGUUCCGCGGUGGCUGAGAGAGGACAUUGGCGAGCAGGCGGAUCUGCAUCUGCUAUCCCAGUCUCCGCAGUGGUCGGAGACAAUUUUGGAUUCGUAUUUUGGGCCCAAAUUUUUCGCGGAACUCGCCGCUGUGAACGCGAACUGCCUCUUUUCCCUUCUUCGGGUCUCGCGGGUGGACAUUCGGUUUUCGCGCUUACUCUCCGUGCUACAAAAGGAGGAGAGCGAUCGCGCCGAUGUUGAACAGGAGGCCAAGGAGGAUCAUCAACAUCUUGAUGUUGAUGCUGGUGCAAGAACAACUUCUACUACUGCGAAAGAUGGUGCGCCGCAAGAAUCGUCUUCUUGGGGAUUUCUGCUGCAGAAAGAAGACGCGAGAAAUGGCUUCCAUACUCGCAGUAUCAAAUGUAAAAAUGUCUGGGUCUGGAAGAGUCAUGCUGUUUUUGCAUGACACAGAAGGUCUGGCAUGGAAGCUCUAGCAUUACAAGUUUCGAGAAGCUUCCGCAAUGUCGAAUCCGCAUGACAAAUCCCCCACUUUGGUGACAGAAAGUGGGCAGCUUUUGCUACCCAUGCAUGACAGAUUUUUCUGUGUUCUGAAAUGUGCAUCACAAGUUCGGAUUCUUCCAGACCCAGACAUUUUUACAUUUUAUACGCAGCUCCGCGGUGCGGCAAAUGGUGCAAAAGGCCGUAGUAUCCUGAGUAAAAACGUCCCCACCCCAUAGUUGUCAUGCAGCUGUGCAAUGACAGGACGAUUUGUAAUGCGCAUCCCCAUGAGAGGCACUUCCAAUCGUGUUUUGGACUUUGUAAUGCUGUAAACAGGAUGAGAAGCUCACUUUCUCAUGCGGCUGCCCUUGCUAAACAGCACUACGCUACAGAUGGAAACUUGUCAUGCAAAACUCCCAAAACUUGGAGAUUUCUGUUGCAGAUUUACCAACUUCACUAUGGGGUGGGAAGGUUUUUACACAGGAUACGUAGCUGGCGCCGGACUGCUGCAGUUUCAGGCGAUGCUUGUGCGCAACUACUUUCACUACAAAACGGAGUACCUCCCGGGCCACGCGUAUGGAAGCGUCAGGUUUGAAAUCGACAAAGUUGGAAUGAUUUGCCAUGCAUAAAAUGCAAGGCAGGAAGUGCGUGUCUUGCCGGGAUGGCAAGUGAGGCCGACUGUCAGCCUGCUUCGGGUUUGAAAUAAAACUGCUAAAGUAGCAUGACAAAAGCAGUCGUCUGUGCCCAAACAGCAUGCCAAAUUGGAUUCCGGCGCGCCGAAAAUUUCUCAUGCACCGCUUGGAAAUUCUGCUUCCAACUGGUAUCGAUUUUAUGCAUUACAACUUUGACAAUUUCAGUUCUGACGCUUCCAUAACGCGGUCAAGCUGCGCAUCGAGGCCGGGGAUUUCCGGCAGCUGGAAGUGGCCGCUCGUGGUCUUGAAGCUACUAGUAAAACUGGUAGUCCUGCUUCUAGAAUGGCAACUCGAACUACUCUAUGAAUUGCAAAUAGGUAUCGUACUCGUAUAAAAGCAUUGCAAAUUUCCUCAGCAUGAGAAAUGAAAUUUGUAAUGCGGAUUUACCUUGAGAAAAAAACUUGUAAUGCAUGACUGCGAUUACUACGAGUGCGAUACUUUUGCACAGGAUAUACUCCUGCUUCUACGUCGGCGCAACGGUUUUGGCAGCGGCGAAUGGAGCUGCUGCAGUAUCUUUCCAUAGCGACCUAUCAAAAUGAAAAAUCCCCCCUCCCCAUAUCAAAUUGGAAAUCUGUGAUGCAGGAUUUGUGUACACAAAUCAGCUUUGUCUUGCAGUAGAGGGCUGCACGCAGAUACAACAAAGCCUGGGUUGGGCCUUUUUGGUGGUGGCGCCUAGCAAGGGAGACUUAUCCUCUGCACGCCAUACAGCAUUACAAAUUGCCCACAAAUUCCGGCGGAGUCUCUGGCUUUGCCCUCUUGCAAUACAAGGACGAUUUGCGUCCACAAAUCAGCAUCACACAUUUUUCGAAGUAUGUCUUUUCAGUAUGGGGAGGGGGAUUUUUCCAUACGAUACGACCGGGGAGGACGCUACCGCCCGGCGUCGCAGAGACGUCGCCGUGGAUGCGCAUCUGUGGGUGGCGGCAGAAGAGGGCUCCGCUGACUAUACCGAGGCGCGGUCGGAGAGAAUUUUAGAAAAGGGACGAUAUGGAUCGCAUCCAUAUACAACUUCGGCUCCCAUCCAGCAGGAAGAUCUUCUCCUUGCGCAAGAUGGUAAAACUUCUCGACGACGAGGUAUCCAAGGAAAAAACUGUUUCACUGUGAUGAUUUUGCAAGAUCCGCAUCACAAGUUUGUUACGCAUGACACUGAAAAUUUGUGAUGCGCGCAUUUCCCACAGGGAAAAACACGGUUGAAACUCCAAUGCUCUAUGCAGGUGUAGCAAGACAAAUAGUUCUGUGUUGCAUUUUUUGCAUCACAAGUUCACAGUGAAACAGUUUUUUUUUGCGAUACGAGGACCAGUGUUUCCCUUCACGAUCGUCUUGCACCGCAACGACUUCUAUGCAUCGCAAAAAUGUCUGGGUCUGGAAGGAUGCAACUUGUAAUGCUAAUUCUGGAUCGUGCAAAAAUCUGUGCUGCACGAAUGCCAAAAGUUGUCCACUUUUGACCAAGUUGGGAGGAGGUUUCUCAUGCAGGAUAGGCAUGAUAGGGGUCUCACAGAAUCUGUCAUGCUAGCUCCUGCAUUCCAGACGGCAUGGAUCAUGGAAAAUCUGCAUGACAAAUCUCGCAAUUUCCCAGACCCAGACAUUUUUGCAUUUGAUAACUUCUACAACUUUCGAUACUUCUAUCCGAGUGCACAAGUAGAACUCGCCCUCCGUCUCAUUUGGAGUGGAGCAUGAACAGCAAUUAUAAAUACAACAAACGCCAGCAGGAGGAGCACCUGCGGAGCUAGUGCAUGACAAGUUUAUCAGCCGACCGUAGUACUGUUUGGGCUUCAAAAAUUUAUUGCCAUGCAAACAUUCAGUGCUACAGGUUCUUGUACAGGCGGGAAGCAACUCGAUUCGGCAUUUUGCAUGACAAAUGAGGGGCACCAACAUGUUCGGGUGUAAGGAGUUCCGGGCAGUGCUCCGUGCACCCUUGCGACACCACCCCGCAUCGCCCCGGGUACUUAUGCAUGACACAUGAGGGGGAGGUGGACUUGGAGUUGUGCACUCGGAUAAGUUCAAUUUUGAUCAGCAGCGGGGCGUGCACGAUGGUGCGAAUAGCCUGCGGGCGGUAUCAAAAGGAAAAAUCCCCCCUUCCCAUACUGAAAAGGUAUAUUUUUGGAAAUUUGUGAUGCUGAUUUGUGGUCGCAAAUCGUGUCUGUCUUGCAAGAAGGCAACUCCGCAGGCUCCGCCGCAUUGCGCGGCCGGUUUGUCAUGCUGUUGGGCCUACAGCGUGGCUGUUUUUCGUGCUAAGCGCCUAGGCCAAAGCCUCUCAUCUAUUCAAACUUGGUAUGGGCUUACAGUUCUCUCCGGCAAGACAGCUCGGAUCUAUGUACACAAAUUCAGCAUCAGAAGUUUCGUUUUGAUAUGGGGAGGGGGGAUUUUUCCUUUCGAUAGGCGGCGGGGGAACGAAAAAUCGAAGGCGGGAGGAGCAGAGGCUUCAUACAGGGUGAUAAUACUUCUAUGCCCCCACCACCCUGUAAUAUUAACAAGUCUAACUACUUCUAUGAGGAUGGUUUUCUCUGGGAUUUGAAAGAACAGCGAAUUGUUCCAGAUCCAGCAGCAACAGAGAAUGAAACAAUAAAAACCGAUGAAACAAGUACAAGUGGCACCACAAAUGUUGACCAGGGCAGAACUACUGCCUCUGCUGCACCUUCUUCAAGAACGGAGGUAGACGCCGCGGGUCCUCCCUGCAGGGACGAAGGGCAAGAUAUUGUGAGGAAAAAUGCUCCCUCCCCAUAUUGGACAGGUAUGGUCCUAAAAAUUUGUGAUGCUGAUUUGUGACCACAAAUCCUGUCUCUCUUGCAAGGGGGCAAAUCCAAAGAAUCCGCCGGCCUAUGCAGGCGAUUUGUAAUGCUGUUGCGGCUACAUGGCAGGCCUCUGCUAUGCUAAGCACGUACAUCGAAACAAACCUGCGCAGGCUCAGGCUUUGCCUGCGGUGCCUCACCGCAAGACAGAGCUGAUUUGUGUACACAAAUCCAGCAACAGACGUUUCAAUAUGGGGAGGGGGGAUUUUUCACUUUGAUACAAGAAUCUCUACCGCCGGAAGUAGACGAUAGAAUUAUUUCGGGCGGCGGCCCGGAGCCGCUUUUUCACCGAUAUGCAUUGCAAAAAUGUCUGGGCCUGGAAGAAUGCAGGACGUGUCAUGCUUGUCUGGCAUGACUCUUGGAUCUGUGAUGCGUAAGCAGGAACUGGGUCUCCUGCCUGUCAUGCAAAAACGCAGUUUGCCAUGCAGAAAACGAAGCACAUGGCACGUGCGAAAACUUGUCAUGCUUGGCUGCAUAUUGUAAUGCGUCCACGAUUCACAGAUUUGCAUCACAAGUUUCCAGACCCAGACAUUCUUGCCUUUGAUAACCGGCUCAAAGUCACCAUUUUGGAGAAAGACGUGCCUGACGUGAACUUGGUCCGACUGCUGAGCAAGGGUGACGCCGAAGAUCAGAAAAUAGCGUCCGGCCGGUUUGGGCAUUCCUACCAGGAGCGACACCAGAAGUGGCGCGGCUUCUUUCUGAACGAUAUGGAUUGCAAAAAUGUCUGGGUCUGGAAGAUUGCCACGUUUGUCAUGCAUAUUUUGAAUGACCCAUGAUCUCUGUGAUGCAUGCCCUAGCAUCACAGAUUUUACGAGGCAGGCACGAUGCCUCUACCGCAUGAGAAAUGCCCUCCCCGCGUAGCACAAACUGGGGUCCUCUUGCUGGUCGUGCAAUACAAAUUUUUUUAGAAUCCAGAGACAGCAUCACCAGUUUAGACUUUUCCAGACCCAGACAUAGUUGCAUUUGAUAAACGAGUUGUGCCGGCAGUUUCGGGACUUGUUUUUCGAGAAAAUAGACGACGGCAAAAACAUGGGGGGGAUAAACGACGGGAUGAAGAAGAACCACAAGAACCAAAAUGACGGCACGCGGCAGGCUGAUGAACCAGAAGAAGAAGCAGGCGUAGAAGAAGUAGAAACGACCCCGGACUGCCGGGAUUUUGUGGACAGUUUCGUGUUCGGGGAAAGAAUUGUGGACGACAAGAAGGACGUCGACCUGCGGAUGUUGAACAAUGGCGCUGCUGCAAGAACAGCAGAAAGUCCACUUCCUCGUGGACCACGAGAUAGAAGUGGUAAAACGAGAACUUCAUCUCCAGCAGCUGCCCGCGCGGCCCCCACCAGUCGUGGAUACCCAUCAUCUACUUCGCACCGGUUCUUGUACUACCCCCGGCUGAGUGCGUUUGGAAAGCGCACGUUCGAACAAACAGUCCUCAACCAGGAAGGCCAUUCGUGGUGGGACGCCCCGAAUCCGCGAGCCCCCUCCUUGGAUCUGAUUUCGAACCCUUUCCACGGCCGCCGCAUCCGCCUGCCCGGAGACGGAAUCUUUAUCCUGUGUGAAAACGUCCCCACCCCAGAGUUGUCAUGAUGCACAUUUGCAAUGAUAGGAACGCUUGUAAUGCGCUUCCCCAUGAGCAUGACAGGCAUAGAUAUCCAGUCGUGUUUUGGCAUUUAUAAUGCUGCAAACAGGAUAAUCAGAUGGAUUUUUGAUGCGGUUGUCCUUGCUAACAUGCACGACACUACGGACUGCAACUUGUCAUGCGUGACUCCCAAAACUUCUGGAUUUGUGUUGCUAACUUGUCAACUUGGCUAUGGGAUGGGGACCUUUUUACUCAGGAUAAGCUUUUCGCAGUUCUCCUUGCGCAACCAGGACUUGUUUCAGGGUGACACGGUGCCGACCGGGAACAGCAUCUUCCAGCCCUUUUGGGACUACCAUACGGCUCGUCUCACCACCACAGCGGGGGCGAAGAACAAAAAUGAGCCGCCUGCGGAUAAACAAUCUUCGAAAACACCAGCGCGGCACUCUCAUCUGUCUGUCUACCAGCGGAUUCAACUGGCCUCGAAUCCCGUGCGUCAUGAGAAGGAUCUACUGAUUAAACUCGCGCGGAAAGAUCCAAUUGGGAGUGUGAAGUUAGCCUCGUUUCAGCUGCGAAACUUUGACCCGGAGUUUCAAAAGGCGGUACUGGAAAAGGACGGGCUGGCGUUGCAGUAUAUGGAAAUCGCCCCGCUUUGCGCGGCGCGGCCAUGUUCAAACGUUUUGUUUCUUCCGGACUAUGUUGCUCCCGGUAGCUCUCGUGAGCAAAUGGAAAUGAAGAACAGCGCAGGUGGAACAAAAAGUAAAGCAUUCUCCUUUAUUCCGCGCGGCGCAGCUUCCGGUUCCGACCCCCUCCCAGGGCCGUCGUCGCCGUAUCAGGUCGUCGCGCAGCAGCUUCCUCGGGAUUUAGCUCUACUCGCGGUGAAAAGUAACGGCCUGGCGCUUCGUUACUUGUCCCCGGAACUGCGGGCCGACGCAGAAGUCGUGAAGAUGGCCGUGAUUCAAGACGCUGAGGCUUUGCAGUUUGCGCACCCCAGCCUGCGGGUCUACGCGCCCUGGGAAGGUGCGUUUUCCGACGCGGGGAUUUGGCCGACGGAGCUGGCAGCUAUUCCGGAGCGGGGAUCAUCUCAAGAACACCCGGGUGGAACAUCACCCGUCGUCGCGGGCCGGUGGAAAUUAAGCGGGAAACAUCCACCCAAUGCGAAGCAGAUUGCGUUAAAAAAUUCGGGGUUCGCAGUGCGCUACAUGGGCCUGGACUUGGGCCACGAUUACGACAGGUUUGCGAAUCCGAAUUGGCCGUCGCAGUUCUUGCAGGAUGAUAAAAAAGGCAAAGUUCCGCUUCCGCAACAAUUGCUGUCCAACAUUACUCACGUGUCCCGAGUUCGGGAACUACUAGAAAAUGCGGUUGAAACGGAUGGGGAAGCCUUGCGGUUUGUGACCGCCGAAAUGGUGAAAAAUCGCUUACUUUUCCCUACUCUGCAGGACUACUUUAACCUCUGCAAGGUGGCGGUGGAAGCGUCUGGCUUGGCGCUGAAACACGUGCAUGUGCACAUCCGGUUCCCCACGGUUGGCCGUCAGCUGACCAAAGCGGGAAAUUCGAAUAUUAACCAGGCCAAGAAAAAACGACAAGCUAUCAACGCAGAACAAAGCAGAAGAAAGAACGCCGGGGGGCAGGAGGAGCAACCGGGAGAUGCUGUUGGUUUUGAUGUAGUUGACACGACAACUGGAACGAUGUUGAAAAAUGCUACUCAGAAUACAUCAGCGGAAGUCGAAGUUGUAGGCCACAACGACCAAAAUGCGAAUGUCGAUAAAAAGGAACAAGCCCCUUCGGAAGGGGCUUCCUUUUUAGGAACAUCAUCGACGGAAGGAGAUUCCGCCAAGAACCAGAUCGGUCGGAAGAACAAGUCGCUGUGUGACAAACUGGAGGCCGCCGGCGCACAGCACCAGAACUACUGGGACUUAGCCCUGCGCGCGGUCAAGCAGAACGGCUUUGCUGUCGAAUUCGUGCGCCGCGAAUGCCUAUGCAUUGCAAAUUAUAUCUCCUCUGGGGCCUCUGAAAACUUGUGAUGCUGAAUGGUCAUAAUUGAACACAGCCAUCCUAGUGCAGCCAAACAUGACAAAUAUUUUGAUCCGGCGCUCUUUAAUGCGUAGCGCGCAUUACAACAAACUGAGUUUUUAUUGCAUGACGCAAAGGGUCGUCGCACUUUUGUUGGUCAAGCAACACAGAUUUUACAGGAAUGCCAGACAAGCAAUACAAGUUCCUCUUUUCCAGACCCAGAUCUGUAUUUGCACUGCAUAAUGCCUCCACAAGGGGACGUCGUCCAGCGUGAGGACCAACAAUGAGACGGACUAUCUUAUCAAACGCAAAAAUGUCUGGGUCUGGAACAAAGCAACUUGUCAUGCUAAAUCUGAAUCAUGUAAAAAUCUGUGUUGCAUGAUUUACCAAAAGUAGCUGUCCACUUUUGACCUAAUCGAGAGGCAGUUUCUCAUGCAGGAUAGGCAUGAUAGAACUCUCACAGAAUCUGUCAUGCUAUGUCCUACAUACCAGACCUCAUGGGUCAUGAAAAACCUGCAUGACAAGUCUGGCAUUCUUCCAGACCCAGACACUUUUGCAGUUGAUAUAUGUGUUUGCCCAUCUUUUUCAAAGAGUCGCUUUAGUCCAAGCCCAGAACGCGGAGGUGGUGAAAAAAUUCUACUCAACGAACCUGAAAGACCAGUCGGGGUUUACCAAGGAAGUGACAGAAUAUUUACGGACCAAAAUGUGGCUGGGGUCCAACGAGCUCGACCACUUAUACAGGGGGGAGAAGAACAAGAAGAACGGGAUAUUAGAGAGCCUGGGCGGCGAGGACGUCCGCGAGUUGCCGAAGCAGUAUCCGAUUUGGUUCCCGCUUUUGGAGACCGAGAGAACCUAUCGUAAGGAAAAAUCUCCCCUCCCCAUAUCGAAAAGGCACGCCUCAGAGAAUUUGCGAUGCUGACUUGUGACCACAAGCCGCGUCUGUCUUGCAAGAAAGCAACGGCGUAGACUCCGCCCCAUUAUGCAGGCGGUUUGUAAUGGUGUUGGUCCUGCUACAGCAUAGACGUCCCUCAUGCUAAGCGCCUAGGCCAAAACCUCUCUGCAUUCAUUGGCAUGUUCUGGGCCUGCAGUCCUCUACUGCAAGACAAAUCUGAUUUGUGUACGCAAAUCCAGCAUCAGAAAUUUCGUUUCGAUGUGGGGAGGGGGAAUUUUUCAUUUUGAUAGAACCUUGAGCGAUAUGCUCACCCUGGACCGCGUCGCGCGGCGCGUCCGGAAAGCGAUAGUUCCCAAGGAAGAAACCAAAGUGAUCAAGUUUUGGUACAUGGACGAUAAGGAGCAGGCGCUCGCGGAAAAGUUAUCAGAUGCAAAUAGGUCUGGGUCUGGAAUAAACUUGUGAUGCUGGGUGGCAAUAAUUGAGCAUACUCCUGUGCGCGGCCAAGCAUGACAAAUUGUGAGGACGCUUCCUGAUGCGUAGCGCGCAUUAGAAAUUGUGCUUUCGCAUGACAAAACAGGGUUCGUUUUAUUUGCUGGUCAUGCAAUAAAGAUUUCUCAGGAAUCUACACACGCAAUACAAGUUCCACUUUUAUUUCGGACUCAGACAUAUUUGCAAUGCAUAAAAGCUAGAGAACUACAGUGUGGAGCUGGCCUUUGAGCGCCGGUUUCAAAAGCCGGGCGGGGGCAGCAACGGGGUGAGAACAGUAACUACUACUGACCAACAUGGAAGGACAACUCAGACGACUUACCCGGAAACGCUGCCACCCGCGCCGGUGCACGCCUCGGAGAUGCGCGGGGACCAGAUUAUCGCCGGGGCCGGAAGCACGCGCUGGACCAGCGAUGGCACCCGCGUCGCGGACCCACUUUGGACUCACAACAUUCAAUUUCUAGAUUACAGUGAGAAAAGGCGACGUUCCGGGAAGAAAAUUCCCUGGUUUGCUAAGGCACAAGAAGGGGUGGACGAGGAGGUGGACCAUGUUGACGAUGAAAUAGAUUCAGAUUCACGAGGUGGAGCUGCACCAGGUCCGGCCCAGGGGCAUACGCAUCGCAAGUAUAGUCGAAGCUCUCGAUCUGAAAGAUGGCAGCUUUGCAAGAUUUUACGUAUUUGAUGAUGCAUGUCUGAUAGUGUGCUGUGUUCAGCUCUAUCAUGGAUUGGCACGAGAUCAUGUAUCACUUAAGUAGAUCCUCUUGUCGUUGUCUGCCAUAAACGGAAUUUAUUCGAAUUGGAAUGUUGUUAUGCCAACAUGAUGCGGAAAUAAAAUGUGCAACGCAUAGCAGCCCAAGAAAACUACGCGUGCUGAUGAGUGACUGUGUAUUUUUUGCAGUCCUCCUAUCAACAACAGAAUUUGCAGUUCAGCAUCACAUCUUUCCAGACCCAGACGUAUUUUUUGCAGUUGAUAGACCCCGCCGGCGGAGCUCCUGUAGCUGGCUCCGGGGUCGCUGGACCACCAGGAGGCGCUGCACCAGGGGGAGCCAAUGCUGGUUUGUUGGGUCCAAGCGAGGACCCAAAUAACAAAAACAGUAAGAUUAAGCCCUUUCUGGCCGGCGGCGGCGGGAACUACAAUGAGUCUGGUAGAGAGCUCUUAACGCGGCCCUCCGCAGGACAGCAGCAGCAACAACAGCAGGAACUCGAACUCCAGCAAGAAACCUGGACACUGGUCGUGUUUGCUUCCACCUUGGGGGUACUGGGUGUCAUCGUCCUCACGGUCUGGCUGACGGGCGCGUGUGGGCGACUGGAGCGCGAACAGCAAGAAUGGAAGCGUGCGAAGUUGCGAAAACAGCUCUUACGCAAAAUGAAGAAGCUGAAGGCCAAAAAAUUCGCGUUUGGCAGCGAAGCACAGGCGCCGGGCUUCGCGCAGUAUCAGGAAGGGAAACGGAGGAGAAAAGGCCAGCAGGCGAAGAUAAGAGCCCUGUCGGAACCCGUUGAUAAUAAUUUUUUGCAGCCCAGGAGCACCGUUCGGGGAGCAGGAUCCGGCGCUGGAGAAUAUAGUAAGGGCAUAUGGAUUGCAAAUAUGUCUGGGUCUGCAAGAUUGCAACUUGUCAUCGUAAAUCUAAAUCAUGCAAAAAUCUGUGUUGCAUGAGUGCCAAAAGCUGUCCACUUUCGACCAAGUUGGGAGGGAGUUUCUCAUGCAGGACAGGCAUGACAGAGACCUCACAGAGUCUGUCAUGCUAGGUCCCGCAUUCCACGCCUCAUUGAUUAUGUAAAACCUGCAUGACAAGGCUAUACUCUUUCAGACUGAGACAUAUUUGCACUUGAUAGGGGAGUAAGAAAGCCAGCGCUUUCACCUCCACGUCCUCCGGCGUUUCACCGAUCAAAUAUCACCACUUUGACGCCUUAGGAGCUGCUUCAUCGGGGGGCGAAGAUGGUUUUAGUAGUACUUCGGGAGGACCUGGUUCAGCAUCAUCAUCUUCCCAAAUGACGGUGGCAUCACAACGUCCAUCCCAAGUGCGCCGCACGGUCACGCGGACGUCGUCCGCUCCCGGGUUUUUAGAACAACAGCAGAAGUUAUCAACUGCAAAAAUGUCUGGGUCUGGAAACUUGUGAUGCAACGAAGGGAAUAGGGAGCUCACUGUAAUGCGCUGCCAAGCAUGACAAGUUUUUUUCAUGGUUCUGAGUUGCGUAUUCCGCAUGAGAAACUGCGUCUUUGCAUGACAGGGAGUAGGAGCUCUUCGCGGCCACGCAAUAAAGAGUUCAGAGCCAUGCGAGGAUAGCAUGACAAAUCUCGGAAUCUUCCAGACCCAGACACUUUUGCAUUUGAUAGAAGUCAUCUGCCACGGAUACAACUCCGGUAUCCUGUGCAAAAGUAUCGUACUCGUACUAAUUGCAGACAUGCAUUACAAAUUUUUUUCUGAAGCUAAAUCCGCAUUACAAAUUUUAUUUCUCAUGCUGAGGAAAUUUGUAAUGCAAUUUAUACUAGUACGAUACUUUUGCACAGGAUAUCCGGAAAGCGGCUACGAGUCCCCGCGGGAGCUGCGGCCGAGCCCGCAACAAAUUGAGCAAGACCAGCGGCUGCUGCGGCGGGGGAGUUCGGGGCGGCUAGGUGGGAGUGGGAAUACAGGGGGAGCUUCUAGUGCCGUGCCGAAGAAGAAGAAGUACCUGCACAAUGUGCAAUUAAAUCAGCAAAUGGUGUUGACCCCCGGACAGCACAAUUUGGAUGAGCGGGAACACAGGAGUUUGUCACCCCCGCUGGAGCUUCCGGACGACGUCGUUAUUCGGCCAAUCGGUGGGGGGCGGAAGCCGAAGGGAAUGGUAACCAAUAACAACGUAUUAGUACAACGACCGCAGGGCAUUGGUGGACUGGCGUUGGCGGACCGUGGUGGCAUCUUCGACAUAGAAGAAGACGCAGAUAAUCUGGUGAUCAAGCCUAUCGGAUCGCAGAAGGAGAAAACCAGCGCGCUUUUGUCCUCCUCGGGUUCUUCCGCUAUUGGUACUGCUGUUCUUCCCACUAAAAUCACGGUCGGCUUAAAGAAAGGCGACGUGGAAGGUACCACUACGGGCGAAAAUAACGCUAUCAAUGUUUCAACAUCGGAUGAAAAAAAGCGACUUACAAGUAGUCCUGUAACGACUAUGCCCCAAAUUCCGCCGAUGCCCUCGUUGAGUACGCUCGGGCCGGGAUCUAUCAAAUGCAAAAAUGUCUGGGUCUGGAAGAAUACAAACUUGUGAUGCGCAUCUCAGAACACAGAAAAAUCUCUCAUGCAUAGGAAGCAAAAGUUGCCCACUUUCUCUCACCAAAAUGGGGGAGUUGUCAUGCGGAUUCGGCAUUGCGGAAGCCUCUCGAAACCUGUGAUGCUAAAGCUUCCAUGCCAGACCUUUUGUGUCAUGCAAAAACAGCAUGAGUCUUCCAGACCCAGACAUUUUUACAAUCCAUAGGAUCCUCGUCCGGCCUACAGGAGUCGCCUUCUACCAAGAAUAGUGCUGGGUCGUCGGCAGCAUCUUCGGCGCAGGAUAUUAAUUCGCAGGAAAAAAAGAGGGAGGUAAUUUUGAUACCUGAACUAUCCGGAGACGGCUCUACUUCCUACCCGAGCACCGCAGAUUCCGCCGCGCAGAAACAACAGAAGGCGAGCAAGAGUCCUCCGGGAACGACGAAUAACGCGGCCUCUCCGCCCGCGACGUCCUCUCCGCCCGCGACGGCCUCUCUGGACAAACCGAAUACGGACGACCCGGGACGAGCUUCUUCAGUUGUCCUGCCGUCCUCCCAGCAAGACAAGGACAACGCAGUUUUGAUGCCCAACGAUGACAAUAAAUCCGGCAAAGCAGCCGAACAAGUAGAGCCAGCGGAGGCCCAGAAUCUGAACAUCUUUAAAAAGUUGAAUGCACCCCGCGGUCGCACCUCUGCAGCGGGGCCUACCGCCUUACUAAACUGAAAAAUGUCUGCAGCUAAAAAAAUCAAAAUUUUUGUAUCCUACAUUUUCGGGCGCCUGCUUGUGUGUUUAUUUUUUUUCACAAUGAACAAAAAUCAAGGAAAUGGCUAGGCCAGGUAUUCCGGCAAGGCCUCGGCGGACGAAGCAGAGGAGACAACUCAGCCACCGGGGGACUCGGUACGUCGGUAUCGGUGGACGUCGUCCACCCGGGUCCGCAGUUGUAGUUCUUCAAGUUCUCACACUCCCUCCUGCUUCCUGACGAUUUACCGAGUGCGUGCCUUGUUUGAGAAUGGGUUGAAUUUGCUGAAGAAGAGGCUCGCCUUUGGUUUAAACCUCGCGGCCUCCGAGGAGGUCGAAGAGGGGAUGAGCUCAAGUUGCAGGCUUUUGCCUGCAAAUUGAGCCCGAUACAGGUCGGGGCCCUGCGAAAAGGGCGGCCGCAAAUUGUCGCCCCGGAGGUCCGCGGCUCGGGACGACUCCGAAGAGGUGUCCAAGGACACCUCAUCUGGAGGCCAAUUUCGGAGGUGCAGACAUUUUUGGCGGCGCAGACAAACACGAGCUAUCAGCCUCACUUUCCCCCCCCCUCGCCAAAAACGUCUGCACCUCCACUUGGGGACCUCAGUGGAGAGGUGCAGACGUUUUUGGCGGAGCCACGUUUUGCGUCACAAAUCUGAACCCUCACAGCACGGCAUUCUGCCGAUUCAGGAGCUCAGAUUUGUGAUGCGGUCCAGAAAGCUGACCCAGAACGGGUCACAAGAAAAGGCCAUUUGUAAUGCGAGACCUGCAUUACAAAUUGCCACUUUUGGCGGGAGGGGCUUCACGCCCAAGUACCUGGCUGAGGUUCGCGGCAUGCUGGACAGGAGCAUGACCAAAGGAACUACUUCCAGAACAAGAAGCCUGAGGACUAGGGCUUGGGCUGACUACUAGGGGGCCUUCAAGCUCGCGCGGGAGCUUCGACCAAACGACGCAGCGGGAAUGGAGCACAGCACCUCGGUCAAGUUCCCCAGCAUGGAGGCCACGGCGCUCACCAGCGCGCUGCAGUCCGGGCGAGAAGAGAAGGGCGCAAACUGCACUACCAAAAAUUUUGAUUUUUUUUGCUGCAGACAUUUUUCAGUUUAGUAACCUCGUGGUCGCACCUCUGCAGCGGGACCUACCGCCUUGAGUCCCUUCGCGAGGCUGCGAGAAAAUAACAAGAACUCGAGUGUAUCCUGAGCAAAAACGUCCCCACCCCAGAGUGAUAAUGGGGAUCUCGCAACACAAAUCCAGAAGUUUUGGCUGUAGCGCAUGACAAGUUGCCGUCCGUAGUGUAGGGCAGGUUAGCAAGGUCAUCCGCAUUACAAACCCGACUGCUCAUCCUGUUUACAGCAUCACAAAUUUCAAAACACAAUUGCAAAUGCCUUUCAUGGGGAUGCGCAUCACGUGUUUGCUUGUCCUUGCGAAUCUGCAUGACAACUAUGGUGUGGGGACGUUUUUACUACGGAUAGAGUGCUGCAGUUGGUGGCACAGGAGCAACAUCUGCCGGAAAAAAUACUUCCGACCCGUCAGCGUCUGUCACAAGUGAUAUUAAAGGACCCCAACGACCGCAGCCGCAGCAGUAUAAUGUUGUGCAACAACACAACUUCAACAUGGCAGGAGCGCCUGUUGCACCCCCCGGCGGGAUGUUGAUGGGCGGUCCGAAUGCGAUGCCGGUCGGAGGUCCAGCUAGUACAACAACGAUGGGGAACUACAGUACGAGCGGGGCAGCUACAGGUGCACUAAACAGUACUUCUAGUAGUAGCGGCUCCACGACCAUGGGGAGCAGUUCUCAUGCCGCACGGCCACCACUGCCUACUCCCAUCAUGGCAAAUCCUCAGUUGUACCACCACCACCACCAACCUGGGAAAGGGGGGCAACCUCCCGCAGGCAAGCCGAUGAUGCAGCAAGUUGGGUUUUCGAAGGAUGGCAGGCCGUUGUUCGCUCCUGUGCCGGUUCCGGUGUACAAUGGGACAACUCCCGCGGACAAGAUGAUUGGAAAAGGGAACAUAUCCUGAGUAAAAACGUCCCCGCCCCAGAGUUGUCAUGCAAUUCUGCAUGCCAAAUUCCAAAAAAGUUUCUCAUGCGGAGCCCCAUGAGAAGCAUUUUGUAUUCGUAGUUUGGAACUUCAACCUGUGAUGCUAGAAUCAGCAUGCCAUGCUAGAUCUGUGAUGCUUCUGAACUAGCUAAACAGGAUUACACCACGAGGGCAAACUUGUCAUGCCAGACAACCAAGGCUGACUGAUUUGGCUAGCAGCUUCCCCAUCUUGCCACUGGUUAGGGGACGUUUUUAAUCAGGAUAGAAAAAGAAACCCGCGCUGGUGCCGCAGCUUCCCCCGAUCGUCCCCUUUCUCGGGCCGGACCGAACUGGGCAGCCGAUGACGGCAAUCAUCGAAGAGAGCGAGUCCAGUAGGAGUAGAAAUACAGCAACGGCGACAAGCACGAUGGUGCCUACUAAUAGCAGAAGCCGCGGUAUCACCAGAAAAAAGUGUUACAGUUACACACUUGUUGGAGUUUCUGCAUCACAAAUUUUCUCUGUGCGGCACAGAAAACUUGUAAUGCGAAGAUCAUAAGGGAAAACAGGAAGGAAACGAGGCUCCCAAGCAUUUCCUGCAUGAGAAAGGUUGUCUGUGUUGCCGGUCUUGCAACACAGUGUGUAACUGUAACACUUUUUUCUUCCGAUACGCGGUGGGGACGAGAAUGAUCCAAAUAGUGGACCUAUCCUGAGGAAAAACGUCCCACCCCAGAGUUGUCAUGCAAAUCUGCAUGCCAAAAAAGUCUCUCACGCGGAGCCCCAUGAGAGCCACUUUCUAGUCGUGUUUUGGAAUUUGUGAUGCUAGAAUCAGCAUGACGUGCUAGAUCUGUGAUGCUUCGGAACUAGAUAAACAGGACUACACUUCUACAAGGACAAACUUGUCAUGCGAAACAACCUAAGCUGGUUGAUUUGUCUAGCAGAUUUCCCAUGUUGAGUCUGGUGUGGGGACAUUUUUACUCGGGAUAGGACUCUCAUCGGCAAACUCUUCUAUGGACUUCGCCAAAGUUGGGGCGAGCCCGUAUGGAAGAGAUGGUGACGACGAAGACGAUAGCAAGUGUAAAAAUGUCUGGGUCUGGAAGAAUGCAACUUGUGAUGCUGUAUUUAGAUUCCAAAAAAAUCUGUAUUGCAUGAGUAGCAAAUGGAAUGCAACUUUUGCUACGCUGAGAAGGCAUUUGUCAUGCGGAAUAGGCAUCAAGAAGCCCUCAAAAAAUCUGUAUUGCUAGGGUAUGCAUCACAGACAUCAUGCCUCAUGCAAAACGUGCAUGACAAGUGUCAGAAUCUUCCAGACCCGGACAUUUUUGCAUUUGAUAGACGAUCAGUCCCUCAGCCUCAACGGGCAUCAGGACCCCAUGGACGCGUAUGAGGAACAGAUGGAGGUAUCCUGUGCAAAAGUAUCGUACUCGUACUAAUUGCAGUUAUGCAUUACAAAUCUUUUUCGCAAGGCAAAUCUGCAUUACAAAUUCAAUUUGUAAAAACGCUGAGUAAAUUUGUAUUGCAAUUUCUACUAGUACGAUGCUUUUGCAAUGCAUAGGAGGCGUUCAAUGCGUAUUACCAAGCAUUGGAAGAUUUCGGUCGCGAGGAAAAUCUCGAGAACCCAAGUGGAUUUUUAUCCUCCGAAACUGAAGAAGAAUACGAGGAGGCGGAUGAAGAUUUUUCAAGGGAAGCAGAGCAAGGACGGCCCGGCGCCCCACCGGGUUCCUCGUGAGUUGCUUUUUUACGAAUGCCGUUUUUCUUGUACGUGUUCGUGUGCCUAUUUCAAUUUUCUUAUUUUUUAGUACGGAAGAUGAUGUUUUUCUGACUACUUCAUUCAACAACUUUAUUUUUCCUUUUUUGAUUUUUUUAUUCACACAUUUGAGUGCAUAGGUGCACGAUGGCACAAUUUUUUUCAUUUUUACCACGAGGUAGCAACAAUAUCUACAUCUCAGUCUUCAAUCGAGUAAGCAUUUUUUUUUUCUAUGAAACAAGAUCAGCGGCGUGAUAUGAAUUUCCGUGUAAUAGCAUUUUAGGAGCAAUCGAAUCAAAUGCACAGAAUCGUUUCCAAGUCCAACAAGCACUGCCAGUUCUUAUC